AUGCCAGAGCGCACUAUCGUGUCCCUCGUCGCGUCAGUUCACUUUUUAAGCCUCAGCUCUCAGCACCGUUUCGCCUGCGCCGCUCUAGUCCUGAGCAAUCAGCCAUUCAGAGUGUUGAAAGCUGGCGGACCCAGUCUAACUACAACACCUUGUCGAUGCUGCAAAGCCCAUCAUAGAGCAGAUGAUGUAUGGUCGUUUAACUGCUGGACUUUGGAUAAAUUGUCACGCUGA